AUGAGGCAGCAGUUUUCCCGUCUCCACGGAGAUGCUGAGUCGGAGCGCUCCAGACCCGCUCCACAGCUUCCUGUCGGCUUGGAUCAGCGCUGGCCGGUGUACGCUCGGAACCAGGAAGUGACGGACGCAGCCGCAGACGAGAUCAUCCCUCCGGCGUUAGCAGAGGGCUGGGACACCUGCAAUGCCUGCGUGGUCUUCGUGUCCACCCUGGGCGGCUCCUGGUUGGAGGGGAACUUCCCGGCCUUCCUGUCCCUGCUGAUGGAGCUGGCGUCCCACGGCCGGGCCACGCAGACGCCUGGCGACGCCGCGGUGACCCGUCGCUGCGUCUCCUUCAUCCUGAGGAGCACCCUGGGGUCUCUGCUGGGGGAGAAGGCUCAGACCAACGCCGCCAAGCAGCUCUGCCUCGCCGUGGCGGCACAGAAACCGGCCAUCGAUGCAGCUCUGACCGAUGGGAACGUUGAGACCAGAGUCUCGGCUGCAGACGUCGCAGCCAGUCAGCACAUGUUGGUCUGCUGCCUGCUGGAACUGGGAGGACUCAUACAGGGACUGGGAACCACUGCCGCCCCCCUCCUCACUGACAGCAGCACAGCCCUCGUGGACACGGUGAUCUCCGUCCUCCUCCACCCUGCCGCCUCCGCCCGUCUGGCUGCCGCCUGGUGCCUGCGCUGCGUUGCCACGGCGAUGCCGUCCCAGUGUUCGCCGCUGCUGGAUCGCUGUGCCGAGCGGCUGGUGGCGCUGAAGUCUUCCCCCGAAGCCGUUGCCGGGUACGGAGCCGCUGUGGCCGCCCUGGUGGCCGCCGUGCAGCACUGCCCUCUGGGAAUACCACACACCAAAGGCAUGGUGGUGCUGUCCCUGGCUGAAGACCUGCUGCGUUCAGCCUCUCAGAACAGUCGCAUCUCUCUGCAGAGGACUCAGGCCGGCUGGCUGCUCGUCUCCUCUCUCAUCACGCUGGGCCCGGCAGUAGUGGAGCACCACCUGGCCCGUCUCCUCCUCCUGUGGCGGUGUGUGUUUCCUGCCUCCCUCAGGGAGCAGGAGAUGGAGCUGCGGCGAGGGGACUACUUUACGUGGCAGGUUACGCUGGAGGGACGUGCCGGAGCGCUCUGUGCGAUGAAGAACCUGCUGCUGCACUGCAGGGAGCUGGUCACCGAUGACAUCAUCAGCCGUCUGCUCACGCCAUUGGCCUGCGCUGUGGCGCUGCUCACCAGGUUACCUGCUCUCCUCAGGUCUUACAGCAGUUCAGUCCGCAGCUCGUCAGUCGUCUACAGACUCCGAGUCUACGAGCUGCUCGCUCUGCUGCCUCCUCACACCUACCAAGAGAGUUUUGGUGUGAUGAUGAACCAGCUGGUGUCUGACCUGUCCGGUCCCGACAACCUGAACCAGCCGUGUUCGGAGCUCACGCUGCUGCCCCCCCUCUGUCACCAUGACGACCUGCAGCUGGUCGGCCCCGCCCUCCACCACACCGACCACCGGUACAUCCAGGAACAGCUCCAUGGCAGCAGUGUGGGAGGAGGCUCUCUGGACAACGAUGCCUUCAGUCUGUGUGAGAAGAGUGAUGAAGCUCCUGCUCCUCUUCCUCCUCCGGUGGCUCUGACCGCCGCCGCCGUUCGCCUCUUCGGGGUGCUUCACCCCCACGUCAUCUCCGCUCAGAGGGUGAAGAUCUUGGAGCAGUUUGUGGAAACGGUGAACCAGCUGAAGGGUCAACGGCAGCAGACGGUCCAGACGCACGUCUGCGCCGCCCUCUGCAGUCUGCUCAAGCACCAGGCCGGUGUUCGGGGCUCCCUGGGCCCGGAGGAGGUGCGUUCCCCGGCGCUGUCCCUCCUGUCGGGGGCGCUGGAGAGCGCCGGGCCUCUGCUGCGCUGCCUGGCGGCUGAAGGUCUGGCGCGGCUGGUCCAGCUGGUCGCUGACCCCGGCUUCACCGUCUCCGUCUCCCUGCUCUGCUUCGACAGGUUGAAGUCGGCUCGGGACGCGGCGUCUCGCAGCGGCUACGCUCUGGCUCUGGGGGCGCUGCAGCGCUACACCGGAGGAAUCAGCUCGCCACAACACCUGUCCACCUGCCUGGGAGUCCUGUUCACCCUCAGCCAGGACAGCACCUCGCCAGAGGUCCAGGCCUGGUCUCUCCACAGCCUGUCUCUGGCGGUGGACCUGUCCGGUGGUUUGUACCGCGCCCACGCCGAGCCGUCCUUCACCCUGGUGCUGCGGCUGCUGCUGUCGGCCCCCCCCACCCACCCUGAGGUGCACCUGAGCCUGGCCCGCUGCCUGCACGCCCUCAUCACCUGCCUGGGCCCCGACCUGCAAGGUGAAGGAGCAGCAGUGUCCUCUCUGCGCUCCAGCUGUCUGGUGGGAUGUGGAGUGAUGCAGGACGGUCCCGAUGCUCUGGUUCAGGCCAGAGCCAUUUCCUGUCUGCAGCAGCUGCACAUGUUCUCGCCUCCGCACGUCAACCUGGCCAAACUCGUCCCUGCUCUCUGUGAGAUCUUGUUGGAUUAUUCCCUGUUGGCCCACCUGUGCAGCUCCUACCUGUGUCUGCGCCGGGCCGUGGUGGCCUGUCUGCGUCAGCUGGUCCAGCGGGAGGCGCUGGAGGUCUCUCAGCACGCCAUCACGCUGGUCAAAGAGCUGCCCAGACGAGACAACACACAGCUGGGUGCCUGCUGA